AGUCCUACGAAAAGUAUCCUAGUCUCCGCGGGCCGCGUGAGUGCGCGUUAGCAAUUAAGAACAAUAUUAGAAAAAUUAUCCAUAAUACGAGAGGAGCUGCCGUCACCUGAACCUGGUGACCAUCCCCGCCGCAGCAAUCGUUGUUGAUGAACUCUGCACGUCUUGCUGCCAAAGAUGUCAUGGCGCGCAUCACGACGCAACCAAUUAAGCUCUGACUCAGGCCAACCAGUGCGCGGCCUUGACGUGUCUAACGCCUCUGCCGCUAAGAAAGCCGCUAAGAAAGCCGCUAAGAAAGCCGCUAAGAAAGCUUUUCUUCGGCCAUUUUUAUUGUUCAAGCGCCAUGGCCAGCAGCCCAUGUCAAGGGAGCUAGAACUAGGCCUAAAUCCGGAAUAG